CUGCUAGUACACAAAGAAAGUUUCCCGCGGUUCUUGGCCAGUUGUAUACUCGAUUCAUUCUCAGAAAAAGAGUCCAAGAUCUGGACAGCUUCCUUUGUGAUUCGUUUACUGUCUGCCAUACUCGCAUCAGCAAUUGCAAGGCCGUUCUCAAGCCAUUCUAUUCGAAAGCUUUGCUGACGCACGUGCACACACACACAUACUUAGAUUCAUUGAUUUUUGCAAGAUGCCUUCCAAGCCCACCAAGAAGCGGCAGCCUCCCAAGCCAUGGUCUAUGUUUCCGGCCUUACACGAGCAGGUGCAAUCGCUCCUAGAGAAUGACGGCCUCAGCUUCAUCACCUUUCAUCCGCAUGAUAACGAGACCGGUCAGAUUGACUACAAAGACACGAACGUCAUGGGACGUUUCGUCUGCCGCAACCCCACCUGCAAGGCCAGCGGGUGGUCAAGCAAGGCCGUCGCCAUCACGAUCCGCAAGUUCCCCGACAACAAGUACAACGCGCGUAUUUAUCACCAGCGUUGCAAGCGCUGCAAUGCCCUUAGCCGGCCGAAACUGGAUGAUUCCUAUGCCGAGCGUGUCGCGUAUCGUCUCAAAAAGUGGCAUGGCGUUCCGAUGACUCCGCCCGACUAUGAUGACACCUCGAAAGGCCCUCACAAUAAAGCUCUAUGCGAGGGCUGUAAGGCGGGCCACUGCAUUGUAGGCAAGCGCUUGGGGGGUGGCGAUGUGGAGGAGUUGACUGCACUCUUUGCUACCUUGUGAUUAAUCGAUUUCGGACGUCACGGAAAGUUGGAAGUGGGAGAAAGUCCUGAUGAUAGACAUGGUUUUUCGGUCGUCGCCCAAUCUGUAAUCACUGUCUGAGUGACUUUUGCUGAUGGGGGGGCUAGCUCGAUCCCCUGUGUGAAGCCCGAAUAGCCGGUGCUUUUAAGUGUUAAUACCCCGAGGCGAAGCAGAAGAUAUCCAAUACAGAGAAC